AUGAAUACAAUUAUUUGUGCCUUCCUAAUAAUGCAACCUGCAGUGGCUAUUAUCAUAGAUAAUAGCCAUCGAUCUAAAACUCAGGAUUGCAAAGAAAAAUAUUUAGAAUUUUUAGCAGAAACUGAAGGAACAUGCCACAAUAUUAAUAAUGGUAAGUGUGUAGAUCUAUGCAAAGAAUGUGAUAAACAAAAUAAAAAUGUAAUUAAAAUAAAAGAUCUGUGUCCUAAAGAAAUUUCUCACUAUGCGGGUUCAUAUAUAGAACAAGAGGUACAGAAUUUUUGUAAAAGAUGUGCUGAUAAAGAUAAAUAUAAUAAGAAUUCCUUAUAUGGUAAUGAAAAAAAUGCCUCAAUAAAAUCAGAUACAAAUAACGUACAUGAAGAAAAUGGUAUUAUUAAAGUAAUAACAUAUUUCUUCUCGAGGCACAAAGAAAUUCGUACAACUAAAAUUGAGGAAAGGCCAGAAAAUAAAAUUCUAGGUGAUAAACAGCAAGAAAUAAUAAAUUCAGCUAAUUUUGAUAUGCAUAAAGUGGAAACACACUCAUCAAUAAUUAAUGAAUAUCCUGUUACACCUGUAAAAACACAAACUACACCAGAAUCAUUAUCUUUCACAGAUGAUUUAUCAGAUGUAAUAUUAGCCACCAUUGAAAAGGCGCAGUCUUUACAAACAGUCUAUACUUUGGAAACUAAUUCAGAUAACACACAAAAAGAGAGUGCUUUAAGUGAUAAUACAGUUCAAGGUAUAAUACAAGUUCCUCAAGUUAAUCCCCAGCAUAUCGAUAGAAAUAAAGGAUGUAAUGCUAGAGUUAUUCGUAGUGGAACACUUCCUGAUGAAAUGUAUUUUUAUAUACAUUUCAUUAUGAAAUUUCACUUACCAUUGUUGCAUCUACUAACUGAAAUUAUGAAAUAUCUAAUGAAUUUUCAGAAGUAUCUUACAAUGGUGAUACUCUUGUAA